AUGGAGCAAGCGCUGUGCGCGGCGCCGUCGGCGCGGGGGAUCACGGUGGCGGAUUUGGAGGUGGUGCGCGAGUGCGCGGGCUCGCCGGGGCCUCUGAAGCGCUUCGUUCCGGAAACUUCCUCGCCGAGCGAUAUCAUGAUGAACACGCCCCCGCACUUGCGCGGGGGGGAGAUGACGAGUGGAUCAAAACGAUCGAUCGAAGACUCUCCGUCGUACACGCUUUCGCCGCAAUCGGCGCUCAAGCCUCCGAGCUUUGGCGACGGUCAACUCGGAAGCAGUUACGGAGACGGACGCGACAAGAGCGUGUCGCCGCGGUCUGCGUCUUCACCUCCCGUGGCGGUGUAUUCGUACGCCACGAGCGCGGGGAGCGCUCGGGGAGGGAACGGCGCGUUCGCCGGGCGACCUCCGCGCGGUGAUCGCGCGACGUUCAAGCCCGGUUCGCUUCCUCAUCCGAGAAGCGGGACGAGUUUUGGCAACCGCGCGGACGCCAAGCAAGCGCAGCCGGCGAUUAAAUUUACCGGUGCGGCGUUCCGGUCGGCGAGAGAUGAGUAUCUGGACAGGGUCUUCGGAUUUUUGUUCAAGGAGGUGGGAGAUGGGGAGUGGAUGGCGAUUAAAAGCAAGACUGGCGUGAGCGGCAGAUGUCGCAAGCCCGUGACGAUGCCGGAGACGUAUCUGGAAUUUUUCGACUCGCAUCGCGAUAAAUUCGAGAUCAACGCUGAACGCACCAAGGUUCGAUUGCGCAAUCAACGCACGCGCAGCGAUAGCGGAGACAGCGACGAUACGAACGUGGAAAGCCUGAGCGAUAGUCUCAAGGCGACCCUCUAG